UGUGUAUGUGCCGAUCUAAACCUAUGCAAAAAUGGAUGAUUUCAACAAAAGGUCUGCCGACAUUUUCGGAGCAUUGGACACUCUUAAAGCACUACCUGAAAAGCCUGAAGCAAAUGUCACUUCCCCCGGAGACGACAAGUUCAAAAGGCCCCAUGGAGUUUAUACCCCUCCAGCCAAACGUCUACGAACGAGCUCGGGCCCUGAUGAAAUCAACCAUUCAACACAAGAGAUCGAUACACCUAAUGGAAUCAAACCUCCCCAACACUCGAUACCUCAUCACCAUGCAAAGUCAUGUGAACCGAGAAGGCGGAGUCACGACAAACCUCAGAAAGACUUGUCCAAGUGGACUAAGUACGACCUGAAAGAUGACGGGACAGAACAAUUAUCUGGAUUAUCAGCCGAGAAGAUUAACAGGACGGUGGCAUAUCAGUUCCUAGAUCAACUAAAACAACGAAAUCAGCCAGAAAAAGAUGACCCACAAGAUGUCGGAAACAAAAAAGUUGUGUUUAAGAAGCCUACAAGAUCAAAAGGGGCUAACUCGGACACAGUUAAGAAUCCAGCUGCAGGCUUGCAGGAUGAGACUGAAGGCAGCAAAGAACAAAAGAGUGAUGGGUCGAUGGUGGGUGGUGAGGGGAAGAAGAAAACUACAUCGAACAAGAAAGACAGUGGGUGUGGUAUGACUUCCGGGACUGACAAACAACCCAAGGUCAGAACUAAACCUUCAAUAGUUUUAAGUCAUUUGGACGAAUGUGAUGAUUAA